UGCUGCAAUGGUUGUUGCAGGAGACUUUAUAGGAAGAAAGAACACAGAGGACAGCCACUGCAGGAAUGGGGGGUGGACACUGGUGAGGCCCUCCCUACCCAGUCGGCUUCUUAAUACAGCUGAGUCACUGAGCUGGGUUAGGUGGUGGCGCCUCUGGACAAGCAGCUGCCUUGGGACUGGAGACAGAGCUGCAAACAGGCAUUUGGAUGACUGCUACUCCCUGAUGUCAACCAUGAGCAGGGCUUGGUGGAUAAGCGAGGUGGUGUGGCCAAGGGGCUCUCACCAGGGAGACCUUCUCACAGUGCAAGGAUGGAGUUCCUCUGGCGUCCGUUGAUGAUGAUCGGGAUCCUUGCAGGGACUGCGGUGUCUCAGGGCUGCACCCCACCACCAGGGGCUCAGAACUUGGCGCUGGGGCGCCCGGCCACUCAGACCUCCACAUAUGACAAUGAAGAGAUAGGAAAAGCCGUGGCUGGAAAGGCCGUGGAUGGAAAACGCGAUGGGAAGUGGCUACAAGGCUCCUGCAGCCACACCCAGCUCGACACAGAACCGUGGUGGAACGUGGACUUGGGCAGUCGUCAGUCUGUCUCCGCGGUGAUCGUGAAGAACAGGGAGGACUGCUGUGGGGAGAGACUCGAGGGGGCCCAGAUCCGCGUGGGAGAUGCCGUGGCUGACCAUGGCAAGCACGACCCCAUCUGCGGGACCAUCACCGACACCAGACCAGGAUCCCUCAGCACCAUCUGCUGCAACGGGCUGGAGGGCCGUUACGUCACCGUCACCAUCCCGGGCAGGGCAGAGUAUCUCACCGUGUGUGAGGUCGAGGUCUAUGGCACCCAGCUGGGGGAUAAGUGCUAGGAAGCUGGAGUGACAGUCCAUGGUGCGGGGAAGCACCUUGCCCUGUGCUCGGAGCAGAGAGGGGAGGUUGGUUCACGAAUGAGCCGCUGUCACCUAAUAAACUCCACUGGUCCCUU